GCAGUCUAACCACCGCCAAACUCCACCGUCUCUGUCUUCCUGAUAAUUCCAAUCUUCAAUUUUGUCUUCAUCAUCUCUGUGAUUCAAUAUAUAGAUUCGAUUGUUGUUCACAGAGUCAAAGAAGAAGGAGAAAAGUGAAUUUGAAGGCGUUAGGUAUAUAUAUAUAGAUAAUAGAUCUCACACACAUAGGGCGGUUACCGGAAAUGCCAGGAGAAUCGAACACAGUUCUACUGGAGAAGCACGACGAGGAACACUUUACCGCCAGAGAAGUGGUGCGUGACAUCAUCAUUGGCGUUUCCGAUGGCCUCACGGUGCCGUUCGCUCUGGCGGCGGGCCUUUCCGGUGCCAACGCGCCUUCCUCUGUAGUUCUCACCGCCGGUCUCGCUGAGGUUGCUGCCGGCGCCAUAUCCAUGGGCCUCGGAGGUUAUCUGGCGGCAAAAAGUGAGGCAGAUCAUUACGCGAGAGAGCUAAAAAGGGAGCAGGAUGAGAUCAUCGCCGUGCCUGACACAGAAGCGGCAGAAAUAGCGGAAAUACUCUCCGAAUACGGGAUUCAGCCACAUGAAUACACUCCCGUGGUGAAUGCUCUGCGGAAGAAUCCUCAGGCAUGGCUUGAUUUCAUGAUGAAGUUUGAAUUGGGAUUGGAGAAGCCAGAUCCGAAAAGAGCACUUCAGAGUGCGUUCACCAUUGCCCUUGCGUACAUCAUGGGUGGACUGGUCCCCCUCCUCCCCUACAUGUUCAUCCCCAAGGCUGAAACAGCUGCAAUGGCCUCUGUCGUCAUAACUCUCCUUGCACUGCUCAUCUUCGGCUAUGGCAAGGGCCACUACACCGGCAACAAGCCCUUCAGCAGCGCUCUCCAGACUGCUUUCAUCGGAGCCAUUGCUUCUGCCGCUGCUUUCGGCAUAGCCAAGCUUGUCAAGCCAUAAUCAACCAUCUGCAGCACACAGAAGGUAGGUUAUAACUAAUAAUGUCUUUUCCAUUCCAUGGGAUUAUUAGUCUCAAAAAUAAACUCUAUCCCUACAUACAUAGUGUGUAAUAUAUACACAAUAUAUGUAUGGGAUAGUGGAAUAGGAUUCUGUUUGGAUCCUAUUCGCUUUUCUAUGCACUUUUUUUUUUUUUUUU